AUGCCGGAGUGUUUGGAAUGUAACGAACAAGUGUCCAGAAAAACUGAUAAAUCAUGUGAAUGUGCAAAGUGUAAUGGAAUAGUUCACUUAGCUUGUGCUAAUGUUAACAUCACAAGAGAGGAGUUUAAUAGUUUAAAAAAAGGUGUUUAUAAAUUUAUUUGCACAAAAUGCAGAGACAACGCCACCUCUCAAAGUAAUUCAACACCCGCUAAUAAUGACCUUGCUUCUGUGAUUCGAUCGAUACCUGAAAACAUUACUCAGAGUGAUUUCUUUGCUGCGCUUGAGGUUGCCAUCGAACAGGGGCAGAGAAACGUUCUCCAAGAAUAUCACAGCAAGAUGGUCAAUUCGAUGAAAGAAUUUCAAGAUGAACAAAAAAAGUUUAAUACAGAGCUAAGUACAUCAAUUGACAACAUGAAAUCGGAGAUUGCUGACCACUCUAAAAGAAUUGACAUACUUGAAUUCGACUCUGGCGUCUGUACGGAAGACCUUAAAAAUGUCAAAGUGGACAACGAGGCUAUACAUAAUCGCAUGGUCGAAUUAGAGCGAUCAUUAAAUUUUCAUGAACAGUCUUCUUUAAUGUCAUCGAUGGACAUCCGUGGACUACCUGUCAAACCCGAUGAAGACUUAAAAAACACUUUUUGCCGCAUUGCUGCAAGUCUAAAUGUUGAAAUGACGCAGGAAAAUAUUGUUAAUAUAUACCGCGUUAAAAACUCUGAGAACAUUAAUCCUCAAUCAUCACAGUCACUAAUCAGAGCAAAACUGUCACGACAAGACAUCAGAGACAAAAUACUCAACCAACGUAAAACUUUCAAAAAUUUCACGACGAUGUAUCUUGGAUGGCCAGAAGCGGAAAGAGCUAAUAUUUACCUACAAGAGACCCUCACGCCCUUCAAUCGCCGUAUACAUGCUGCUGCUCUUACAGCUCGGAAGUCUAACAUCAUUAAAUAUCUCUGGAUUGCAGGAGGAAAAAUUUUCUGUCGGAAAGAAGAUGGAAGUCGCAGGAUCUUACUCUCGUGUCUACAAGAUGUCCAUUCACUUAAAUAG